AUGCUCUUGUUCGACGAUGCUCCCUGGUCGAGGGUAAUGGAGACCUCAUUGCCCACGAAACUGCAUGACUAUCAAAUCAGCUCGAGUCAGGUAAUAAGUCUCGGAGAUGAAUCGCAUUUUCUGCUCCCAGGUCUCUCUUAUACGUCAGCUAAGCUCUGCUUCAUCAGCGAAACGAACAUGCCUAUAUGA